GGGACGCCUUGGGUACAAACUACAUUUUAUCAAAAAGUGGGAAAGGAGAGACCGAACUCCUUGUGGAACAGGAACAUUGUUGGUCAAAGUGGGUAGUUCGCAUGUUUCGAGGGAUGAGCCUUCAGGCUCCCAUCACUUGGUGUUUGUGUUUCAAACCAAAACCAAAAACAAACACUACAAAUAUGCUGCCACCGCUACACUCUCGCACUCGCAGCCGCCAAGGAUAUACUACAACCGGUACAAAAGCGAUGGCGCUUGUUUUUGAGGUUCUUGGCAGAUUCAACCGUGCUCGCGCUGCUCGGUUGACACUCCCUCAUCAUGUGUGCCAAACUCCUUUGUUUAUGCCUGUGGGCACACAAGGAACAAUAAAGGGAUUGACAAAUAGUCAGCUUGAGGAUAUAGGUUGCCAAAUAAUACNAUCACAUUGUCUCACUUUGUUCUUGGCAGAUUCAACCGUGCUCGCGCUGCUCGGUUGA